UUCGAUCUAAAAUGUAGCUUUCGUCUGAACAGAAUUUGAAAAGCAACCAUGAUCCAAACGAAACUACUAAAUAGACGGGUGCGUGGAUUACAAAACGAAUUCGACAGACGAUUCUGAUAACAAUGAUCUGAGGAUUUAAUAUAAAUCAACGAUACUACAGUCGUUGUUGUCGUGAACAAGUGAGAUUUUGAGAUGGCAGAGUUGUUUCAGCUCGUCUUUAUUUUGUGGUGUAGUAGGAUUUUUACAAACGCACAGUCUUCAAAGGUCACAAAAACAAUCGUCACUUCAAGUAUGAAUGUAAGCACUCCAACAUCAUUGCCGCCAAGUGAAGAUCUUAAGAAAUCGAAUAUUGGCUUGAUCAUUGCUGUCUCUUUUGGGGCCGCAGGCUUGAUAGUGCUAAUAAUUUUGACCUUUCUACUGUGUUAUAAGAGGCGCCGCCAGUUUUUAGAUGAGGCUCAAAACCCGCCUGAACUUGGACGUGACGCAGGACACUCUGAUAAUAUGGUGAAAAAAAUUAUCACCAUGGACGGAGGUGUCCUAGAGAUAGCUGAUAUUAAGCUUAGUAUCGGACCAGAAUGUUUGGCUAAUGAUACAGAAGUCACCGUGAUAAAAGACGAUCAAAAUUUUGCCUUUCAAUCGCUAAUAAACAUGAACCUAAUUGAAGAUACUCCAACAAUUGUUAAAUUCUUUCCAGACGGUCUAAAAUUCUUGAAUCCAGCGAAUCUGACGGUAAAAUUAAAGAAGAUCGUCCCCAACUCUAAACUGCACGUCCUACAUGGUUUUCGCGACCCUUAUUCUAAAAGGAUGGUUUGGGAACUAGUAAUUAACGAUAUAGAUGUAAACGAAAGCGAAGGAUUUGUGAACAUGAAAAUUGAAGGUUUCUCUCUUUAUAGCUUCAUAGUAGCUACAUGUGGUUUUGUAGGAAGACUUUUAAGUCACCUGAAUCAAUCUUUUGCCUGUUGUGCGUACGCUCUUUAUCGCAGACAGCCUCUAACGGGACUUAUUGAUAUUUCCGUUGUUUUUGUGAGCGAUUUUGUCGAAAAUACACAUGGAGAAAAUAUUAAACAGUUACAGGAUCAUUUAAAGGAAGACUAUGUGAAAGGAGGGAAAGGAAUGAUGAAGCGUAUCGAUACGAGUCGUUCUCUUGAAAUGUCUUUAAAUUUUCCACAUCACAAAAGUGACUCUUACGAAUUCAGAAUUAACCCUUCCGAGCUGGAUAAGUAUGGUUUCGUGGUUGACAAAUUUACAGGCACAGAAAUUGAGUAUCCAGCGGCUGGAAAUGUAGUAAUUUUGGAAGAAUAUGACAGCUCAUGGAGUGAACUGUGGAAGUUGAAAGUUCGAGAGGGGGGAAGGGGGAUUGCACAACAACCAUCAUGUGGGUAA